UAAAAACAGAAUCAAUCUUGGAAAGUGAAAAUCGCCUCAGUGUCUCUGCCCCUCUCCAUUCUCUAUUGGAUAAAGGAAUACAGAGCCCUCUACUCCUCCUCCACCUUCCUGCGUUCCUGGAAAUCUUCACUCAACCUUCAACUUUCUUUCUCUCUUCUUUUUUCCCGCUCGAGGGCUGUUCAGAGGGUUUUCCCUAUUUUUGGUUUUUGGUUUUCUGCACGAUCUUUUACUUUUCAUGAGUCAGGGUUGAAGUCCUUCCAUAAAGCGGAGGAGGGAGAACAGCGAGCAACCAUUUUUGCCAAAUCAGUCAACAAACAGACUUCAUCAGCAUCACAAACUGCCAUCUGUACACACACACACACACACACACACACACACACACACACACCUUAUCAAGAUCCUUUGCCCUCCUUUCCCAUCGUUUUUUUUUCCUUUUCUUCCUUCACCCUUCAUCUUCUCUUUUAUUUCUCCACCUGCACAUCUUCACCUUUUCAUUUUUUUCACCUAGCAUUUAUCCUUUUUACUCUCCCCCUGCCCCAUCCUUCCAUCAGCAGCAUGUCUACACCAGUCUCUCCAUCGCCCUCUCUUUCCUCGCUGUCCCUGUCCUCUCCUUCUCCCUCCUCUUCUCCUUUGCCCUCUCCCCUCUCUCCUCCCCCCAGGCUUCCAGUCUUCCAGAGGAAAGGAGCACUCAAGCACAAGCGGAUUGUAGAAGUGAAAGACCAUCAGUUCACAGCCCGCUUCUUCAAACAGCCCACCUUCUGCAGCCACUGCACAGACUUCAUCUGGGGUAUAGGAAAGCAAGGAUUCCAGUGCCAAGUUUGCAGUUUUGUCGUGCACAAACGCUGUCACGAGUUUGUGACUUUCAUAUGUCCUGGAAGCAUCACCGCACCUAAAGCAGAGGAUCUGAAGAGUAAACACAAGUUUAAGAUACACACUUACUCCAGUCCAACCUUCUGUGAUCACUGUGGCUCUCUGCUCUAUGGCCUAAUUCACCAGGGAAUGAAAUGCACCAGCUGUGAGAUGAACGUUCAUAAGCGAUGCGAGAACAGUGUACCCAGCCUAUGUGGGCAUGAUCACACAGAGAAAAGAGGACGAAUCCACCUGAGUGUGCGUGGAGAGAAGGAGGACAUUUAUGUCACAGUACGUGAGGCACGGAACCUGAUUCCCAUGGAUCCCAAUGGCCUUUCUGACCCCUAUGUGAAGCUCAAACUGAUUCCAGACCCGAAGAGCCAUAGCAAACAGAAAACCAAGACUAUUCGUUCCACUCUAAACCCAGUCUGGAAUGAAAGCUUUGUCUUUUCAGUGAGAGGCAGGCAGUGGGACAGACGCUUGUCAAUAGAAGUAUGGGACUGGGAUCGCACAUCUCGGAAUGACUUUAUGGGAGCGCUCUCGUUUGGAGUGAGUGAGAUAUUCCGUCGUCCUGUUAGCGGAUGGUUCAAGCUGCUCAACCAGGAUGAGGGGGAGUACUACAAUAUCCCUGUACCUGAUCCAGACAUACAGGAGCCAGACUCGGCUGUCUCUCCUACUCUUCCUCCUGCUCCGGUUACUGUUCCCACACCUGUGCAUGCUGUCACCCCACCUGUUGUGAGUCCUGCACCCACCAGCUUACCAGUGGGAAAGGGCCGAAUUGGACUACACGACUUCAACUUCCUUAUGGUGCUAGGCAAGGGCAGCUUUGGCAAGGUGAUGCUUGCUGAGGAAAGAGGGAGCGAUCGCUUGUUUGCAGUGAAGGUGCUAAAGAAAGACGUGCUGUUUCAGGACGAGGACACGGAGAGCGCCAUGGUGGAGCGGAGAGUCCUGGGACUGAAUGGUCGUCCUCACUUCCUAACGUCUCUCUUUUGCGCUUUCCAGACUGAGGAUCGUCUCUACUAUGUUAUGGAAUACGUGAAUGGUGGAGACCUCAUGUUUCAUAUUCAGAUUGUUGGCAAAUUUAAAGAGCCCCAUGCUGCAUUCUAUGCAGCAGAGAUAGCCGUGGGCCUCUUCUUCUUGCACAGCAAAGGCAUCAUCUAUAGAGAUCUGAAAUUGGAUAACGUGCUGUUAGACAGUGAGGGCCACAUAAAGAUCGCUGAUUUUGGGAUGUGCAGGGAAGGCAUGAUGGAGGGAGACACCACACGGACCUUCUGUGGCACUCCGGACUACAUUGCUCCUGAGAUUGUAGCAUACCAGCCAUAUGGUAAAGCAGUAGACUGGUGGUCGUAUGGGGUUCUUCUCUAUGAGAUGCUGGCUGGGCAGCCCCCAUUUGAUGGAAUCGAUGAAGAGGAGUUGUUUCAGUCUAUCAUGGAGCAAAGCAUAUCAUAUCCCAAAACUUUGUCUCGUGAGGCUGUUGCCAUUUGCAAAGGGCUCUUGACCAAGAAUCCUGUAAAGCGUCUGGGUGGGGGAGAAGAUGCAGAGAGAGAGAUACGUGAGCAUCCAUUCUUCCGUUGGAUAGACUGGGACAGACUGGAGAGACUGGAGAUUCAGCCACCAUUCAAGCCCAGGCCUGGAGGGAAAAAAGGAGAGAAUUUUGAUAAGUUUUUCACAGCAGCCUCUGCAGCCCUGACUCCAUCCGAUCCAGAUGUUCUUGCAGCCAUCGAUCAAGAUGAUUUCCAGGGCUUUUCUUACACAAAUCCUGAUUUCCCAGGCAUCCCUCUCACUGCUGUCUGAGUUUAGACAGCACACACAAAACAACUAUUAUAUGACUUUGUACUAUUUUGGGGUUGUAGGAAAGUCUUGCAUUGUGCCAAGUUUUUCCAGUGUCUUCAAAAAUGGGGAUUUUUCUUUCUAUCAUGCUAUUGAACAGCCAAGUGGCCAGCGUUAAAUUAGCUGGGUCUCUGUACCAUUCUCUUUAGGGAACGACAUAGAAAUAUUAUAUAAUAAGCACGUCUCCUUUUUAAGAAAUUCAUUCUGUUUCAGACGUGUCUGAUGAACAUACUAUGCUGCUCACUUCACACAGGCCCUCUAGUGGUAUAAUGAUGUAUAAUCUAAUCAGACAAAGAGCACAUUAGAGCACAGAAGCGAUAAUAUCAAUAGAUUGCACGAUAAAGAGCUUCAAAUAAUCUCUAUUAUCACCCUCUCUGGUGGUGUUCACAGUCCUCUCAAACGCCUAAACCAGCUUCUUUUUCAUGUGACAAAAUACAACAGUGUAUUUGAUACAGGAAACAAUGGCACUCAAAAAAGGUGUGAAGCAUUAAAUGUCAUUCUCAUGAACUCAUUAUUCAGUAUUUCAUCAUCCAGCAUUCAGCUGGGAGUUUAAUGGAUUAAAUACAUGUCUUUGAGUAUUUGUAUUUAGUUUCUCAUGUUUAUAUCUGGUAUGCCUUAUGGCACACCUUUCAUAUUACACAGCCUUCAUCCCUUUAGUUUCCUGGUAUUUCCAUUGGGGCCUCAUUGAUCAAGUUGAAUAGAAAUGGAUUCAUUUGUAAAUCUUUCAAUUGAAUGCUUCUGAGUGUAUGUGUGCUUUCAUGCCUAAGACGACUCGAUUGAUCAGGUUUGAUUUUUAUCAUUGCUAUAAGAACUACAUUUUGAUAUACGGGUUAUGCCAACGAAUGUAAUUAAGCAAGUACAUUUAGCUUGCUGAUCAAGUGCUGGAGGAAAGUGGGCGCUUAGUGUUUAAGAUGUUGGACUUCUGAACAGAAGAUCAGUUGAAAUCCCAACACCAACAACUUCCCACUCUUGAGCCCUUGAGCAGGAACCUUAACCCUCACCUGCUCAGUUUAUAAAUGAGAAAAUUGUAAGUUGAUCUUGUUAAGGGCAUCCCAGAUUCAAUAAAUGUAUAUGUACAUGAUUGUAACAUGAUAGCUAUAAGCUAAUGAUGGGCAAAUGGCUGAAUUUCUGUUAUAAGAAGCCUUGCUCCCAAAGAAUUAUGCUUGUGAUCUCACAUUUAAUUCAUGUAUUUACUUCAAAUUAUUAAGGAACAGCAUGUUUUUCUGAAAUGUAGUUCAAUAAAAAAAAAUCCAAAAUGAAAACAUUCUAAAAAUGUACUAAAGUGCAGUAAUAUAGUAAAAAAAUCUUCCUUAUUGUCCAUCACUGCUAAUGAAUUUGGUUUGAGCUAUUAUAGUUUAAAGACCAUAAGGCAUCACACAAGCUUUUCUCCAUGAAUCCCAGCCCUCAUGAUUCCCAUGAUUCUGUUUUCCUAAACACCUUUCCUAACUCCGUGCUCGUCCCAUAAAUCUAAUGGAAUACUGAGAAUAAUGUUGUAUCACUACAUUAUUUUUUACAGUGGCUAAAGAAAUACCACUGGAGUAACCUGUUUAAGUCGCUAGUUAGUAGUCAGUUGAUAGCUAAUAUUUCAUUUUCAUGUUGAAAAUACUAGUUAUAGAUCUGUCUGGCACCUCGAGAUCUAAAGCCGAUGAUUUACUUUUCUUUCAAGGGAGUUUAGACAACAAAUUUCCCGGCUCAUUCUUUUCGAAUGAAACCCGCUUAAUCUCUUAUUGUUUUUAAUACCGUAAGCAAUAAGGAGGUGAAAUGUAUUGUGGCGUAAAGCUGUAGUGAAUGUACAACAAAGGCCUGUUGAUAAACCAUUUGUAUCGUUAUUUGUAGAAAUUUCUGUAAAAGCAGGCCGAUAUAUGUACGACUGCAGUAUAUAAGUGUAUAUGCUUUACAAAUCUCUGUAUACAGGAAAUAUAUUAAAACACAUAUAUGCUCUGAAGUGACAAUUAUUUGAAAAUGAGUGUCUGAAGAUGAAGGGAAGUGAAUAUGUUGGAUCAUCACGAUCAGGGCCUAAUAAGCACUGCUGAUUAUGCUGUGUCAUAAAUUAAAUAAGUGCUGUGUCAUAAAUUGAAUAAGUUCUCCUGCCAUACAGUAAUUUCUUACUAUAGUAUUAGAGUAUUAAAGCUCUACUGAGUUCUUAAAUCUGAUUGGUCAGAAUUUGUGACUAUAUUUUCUAUAUCAGUGUAGCUUUGAUAAUAGUGUAUAAGGCUUUCAGAUAUAAUCACAUGGGUCCUAUUAAAAUGCUUAUUCUAAUA